AUAUAUAUAUAUAUAUAUAUAUAUAUAUAUAUGGGAACUGGUCUGGUAAAUGCCGAUUGUCCAAGUAACUGGAUCCGACAUGCGGAAUCCUGUUAUCUGUUUGUAAAUCACCACGUUGCCGACUGGAAUGGAGCCAUGUUCUUCUGUGCGAACAUGGACUCAAAAUUGGUUGAAAUCGAAACAUCAUCCGAGGACGCAUUUCUUAAUGCGCAUGCCCAUGACUUAGGAAGAGAUGAGAGACCAUUUUGGAUUGGUGGAUCUGACAUUGUACUAGAGGGAGAAUGGAUGUGGAUGACUAGCAAAAGAUUCAUUGAUUACCGUACUUACACAAAUUGGCAUCCUGGGCAACCAAGUAACUCAGGAGGACACGAGGACUGCCUAGACCUCGUACCCCCAACGUAUACAUGGAAUGAUAAUACUUGUUUUAAACAGGAACAUUUCAUCUGUGAAAAACUGCAAACCCAGAGUAAGACAAUCCCAAACAAGGAUAAGGUGUGUCAUUCUUCCUCAGAAUGCGCCAAGGAUAGCUGCUGCCGUGACGAGCAGGGAACUCUGGUAGAUCCAUCCGGGUUAUUUGAUCACGUGGGACCUGUUACCGAGGUACUCAAUGGCACCUGUGUUCCUCUCCACGCUCAGUUUGACGAGAAUUGUGGGGAAUCGUGUCCUUGUGACCUGACACAAGGAUUGGUGUGUGACAGAAUCGUCUCGGACAACAAAUUCACCCCGUCUAUUUGCAGACCAAAGGAUGUGGUCAGUAAAUGGACCAAUGACUUCCUGGACUGUUGGAACGAUGCUAAUUGUGUGCUUCCUCUGUAACUUAUAAA